AUAAUUCUGUUGUUAAUCUGGCAACUCAGGCAAAAGAGAAAAACAGAGCCCCAACCUGAACCACGAAGGCUGUCUGACAGCAAAUGCAGUUCGCAAAUUAGCAUCUACUUGUCAGCGAUAAUUCGUCAAAAUGUUAAAGAAAUCGACUUAAAAUGUGUAACUCUGUUUGAAAUUCGUGUCUAGUGAUUAAGUGCUCGCUAAGUGCAAAUUUCCUCGCGGAUUCCAGCGAAUUUUGAUCGGAAAUUCUGAGCUCGGAAACGAAUCCAUAAUGGAUGUUGACAAUGACCUAGUAGAUCAAAAUCUUCUUCAGCAAUUUAGCUGCAUGGGAACCACGGACAAAGAUGACCUGAUUAAACAGCUUCAGUGCAUAGUUGGAAAUAUUAAUGAACCCAUGGCAACAUUCUUCCUGGAAAUGAAUAAUUGGAAUUUGCAAGCUGCAAUUGGUUCAUACUAUGACUCGGACAAUCCAGUAAAGCUUCCCUCAAUGUCAGUUAUUCGGGAUGAAAUGGAUGCCGAGACGUUCAGAAUGAGAGUACCUCCCAAAUUCAGAUUCCUGAAAGUAUGGAAGCUGUUAAACUCAGGAGAUGAGACUUGGCCAAUCGGGUGUUGUCUCCAAUUUACGAGUAGAGACAAGCUAACGCAAGAGGACAGGAUCCCAGUGGAACCACUUGCUCCAGGCGCUAUCGCAGAUAUCGGAGUGAUAAUUGUUGCACCUGAUACACCAGGCACUUAUCAAUCAAAAUGUCGCAUGGUUGCCACGAAUGGAGCUUACUUUGGAGAUGUGAUUUGGUUUAUACUGGAUGUUGAAGAAGAUGCCGACAAGAAAAUGAUGUCACUUGCUCAACAGUUGUCUCACAUGAAUCAAUUAGGCUCAACUUUACCGCAAACAACUGAUCCAAACAGGCUUACAAAUCCAUUUGAAGCCAUUCAUAGUAAUUCUAGUUCUAAUUCUAAUUCGUCACAUAGUCAUUUACCAUACCAGGAUUCAGUGCCUAAUUCAAUCCCUGACAAUGAUAGGAGGAUGUGUUGAUCGCACGUCGAAUGGUAACUCAUCCUUGUCUUUUGUUUUAUUAAUAUAUUUUCUCUCUCUUUUUUUGCAAUUAAAUGAUUUACUUAAAUCUUGUACUUGUAGUUAAGUUUUAAUAUUUUAAAACAGAUAACUUGUUCAUCAGGUAAAAUUCAAGUCUUCAAAGAGAUGAGAAUUCUGAUCAGGCCUUUUCUCAAGAGGAGAACACAGUCCUCUUCUUCAGAAAAGUGACCUGCAGAUGUAAUGUAUCAGCCAUUUAGAGAUCAAGAAUGAUUAUCCUGUACUUCUUAACUACCAGAAAUUUGCAUACAAAGGAUAAUUUUAUGCUCUACAAUUGGAUGCUCUCGUAGUCUUGCCACUUUUUCUUCGCAACAUUUCUUUGAAAAACCUAUCAGUGAAAUUUUCUAUGGUGAUCACUGUUAAAAAUAACCAACGCCUGAUGAUUUUAACUAAGUUUGUACGAAGACGAAGUUUCUUUAUCAUUCAGCCGAAAUUAAAUGUAAUUUUUACUUCUGCACAAAUUGGGAUCAUCAAUAAUCAAUACAUCUGAUAAAAAAUACUCUUUGUAUCUGUAUCAAGUGAUAAAAUGUUUGAGAAAUCUGCAAUGAUGAAUUGAAUUAUGUUUUGCUCUUAAGUUGCCAAAUGAAAAAAAGGAAUGAAAAAUUCUCUCUUCAAUUGCAUGUAUUUUGCAUGUGCUCAAGAAUGACCACUGAAUUUUUUGAGUAGAUGAGCCUCUAAGUCUGACCAUUUUUGCAAGGAGAUUUCUGAAAGUACGUCAAUGAAGCCUUGAAUCUUCAAACGAAGAUGGUGAGCUAUUCUUGUUAGAACUUCAAACCAAGACCAAUCCAUGUAUUGAUUGAGACCCAAAUCAGUACCCAUGGCUUGAAAGGACUGUAAGCAUGGCAGUUUGAAUGAAGGACAUUUAAAAACCACAAUUUAAUUUAUAAUUUUUUGAAAACUGAAUCUAACUGCUAAGUCAGUAUUGAAAAUUGCUAAAUGAUGCACUAUUCUCAGAGGGCAGAAAAUGAUUCUUGCAACUAGUAAUGUAUACAAUUCAUUACUCUUCUGACGCACGGGAGUAUCUCAGUCUCCACAUAAGCCCCAGGAAGCAUAUAUCUAUUUGUAGAACAGGAUCCACAUGGAAAUUGAAAUACUCCCUUACAUCAGAGAGGCAACGAAUUCUGAUGCACAUUGCUGAAGCAUUCAUUGCCUAUCAUGCGUUCUCAUUGCAGGUAUUAUGAUUUCUAUCUCAAACUGUGUUAUUUUUCAAAUCAACCAAAUUAUAUCAUGCAAAAAAACAUGCACAGCACACUAAGUAUACUUUCAGUUUUAUAUGUUCCAUAGAAAGUUGAAAUUUUACUGAUUAUGAAGUCUUUUAUGGAGCGUAGCCCUCUAGCAAAAAUGUCUCAAUGGCUGAGCUGUUCUCCAUCUUGGAAAGGCUUUUAUUAUUAUCAUUUUUAUUUUCAAAUCCAUCCAAUCUUAUAUUUUGUUUUGUUUGAGAAAAAUUGUCUUUUUUAAUUCACUGGAAGUAUGGUUCAUUUUAAUCUUUAUUACAAUCAGAAGAAAUCUUGUUGCUGAAGUUUUGAUUGCUUAUUUUUAUGUGUUGAUAUCAAUAGUUUUAUCAAGUAAUUUUCCCGCUAAACUUGUUCAUUAUCUUUCCCUGCUCCUUAAGGGUGAAACUGAAGUCACUCUUCAAUCUUUUUUUCUCUUUGAUGCAUUUCAAUUUUAUAAGGGAGACGCCAUUGUGAACAAAAACAUUCUUGUUUGAUAUUUUGUAUCCUUACGCAAUACUGUGAAAUCUAUUAUGAGAGAUUGCAUGUCUACUCAAAUGUUGCCCCUAUCUAAAUGUAGGAGAAUCCUAGAAUGUACAGAUGGAAACAAGGCAAAGUUUAAAACACACUGAUAAUUAAGUAUUGGUCACUACUUGUCAAAGCUGUUUUUUGCGUAAUAUGAUUGGCGGAGAAUUCAAAAUGUCAGGAAAUUCCGAGGAGCGCAAUUAGUAUAUAUUGUCUAAUAUUACCUCAUGUAAAA